AUGUCUGUGAUAAAAAAUAAAUUGUUGCUUAUUUUUAUUCACGGUUUUAAGGGACAUGAUACAAAUUUUGAGGAAACCAGAUCAAAUUUAGAUAUAGAAUCAAUAGUAUAUCCUACUUAUAAUACUAAAGGUGAUUUUAAAGUGGUGGUAAAUGAAUUUUGUGAAUGGUUGGAAAUUAUUGUUAAAGAACGUGAAGAUGAAAUUAAAUUUGAUUAUCGUAACGAUAGUGGACAAGUUUUGGUUUGUUUAUUUGGACAUUCUAUGGGUGGAAUUUUAGGUGCCGAUGCAAUUUUAAAAUAUAGAAUAAAUUCUUCCGUUAUUCAAAAUCCACCAAAGAUAAUUGGUUUAAUUGGGUUUGAUACACCUUAUUAUGGUCUUCAUGAAGAAAUCUCAUCAAUAGCAAUUAAAAAAGCCACAAAUAUUACUCAAUCAAUUAAAUCAAGUGGUUUAUUGACUGGAUUUAAUGCUUUGGCAACUAUAACAGUUGGUUGUGUUGCGGGAGUUGCGGGAAUUGCGGGAAUUGCGAUUUUAAAUAGACAAAAAAUUUAUGAAUGGGUAGAAAGUCAUUUAAAAUAUGUUGGAAUUUUAUGGAAUUUUGAAGAAUUAGAAAAAAGGAUGGAAGAUAUAAUAAGUUUAUCAGACAUUACUUUUCAUUGUUUUUAUACUCAGUUAUUGCCAAAUGAAGAAGAUUCUUCUUCUUCAUUUUUCACUUCCUCGUCAACACGUACAUUUAUUUCGUUACCACCUCCCAAAAUGAAGAAAUAUUUUUCAACGAUCGAGUGUAAUUUGAAAGAUGAAAUUGAUGCCCAUAUUGAUAUGUUUAAAGUAGAAACCGAACAUUAUCCUAAGUUUAGACAAGAAACCUUUCAAAAAGUUAAUGAAAUUUUAGAUCAUUGGGAAACGAUGAGAUUAUCACAAUUAGAAUAUUAA